AUGUCGUCAAGUCCUCUUGUGCCAUCCGAUCGCCCAUCCGAUCGCCCAUCCGAGCCCCGAUCUGUAACCCCUGUCAACACGGAGGCCCGAGCCAACGCGCCCGGUCCAAUUGCGAUCGAUAAUUUUAGCGACGAAAGCGCUGAAUUCAGUGAUGAUUUAUCGGAUCUCACUUCCCUGUCGGAGAGCGUGCUCGACUUUGAAUAUGAAAAUGGUCGGCGGUAUUGCAGUGCCCGCUCAGGAAAUUAUAUGAUGCCAAAUGAUGAAGAGGAGCAGGAUCGAAUGGACAUCACUCAUCACAUGUCAGCGAAAUGGCUGAUGCUACUGGGAGGCGAGCUCCACAAGGCCCCUGUCACAUCACCACAGAACAUUCUUGACCUAGGAACCGGGACAGGCAUUUGGUCUUUGGACAUUGCCGAAAAAUUCCCCAACGCCCGCGUGAUUGGGAAUGACAUCAGUCCAAUCCAGCCCAGUUGGGUGGCCCCAAAUAUCGAGUUUGUCGUGGAGGAUUUCGAAAGCGAAUGGCAGUAUAAACAAAACCAUUUUGACUUUAUCCAUGCACGAUGUUUAGCAGGAUGCGUGGCCGACUGGCCUAGGUUUAUCAGUCGGAUCUUCGACCACGUUAAACCCGGCGGCUAUUUCGAAUCGCAUGAGAGUGCCGUAUGGGCCCAGAGCGACGAUGGCUCCCUUAAGGAAGAAUCCGCACUCAUGGAAUGGCAGAAGGCCGUUAAUUUCGCCGGCGAGAAGCUCGGCCGGGAGCUAAAUAUUUACCACAAGUUAAAAGACUGGAUGAUCGAUGCCGGUUUUGAGGAUGUCAGAUUGUCGGUUUACCCCCUACCUUUCUCGCCAUGGCCGCGCGAUCGCCAUCUAAAGACACUAGGGAAGUAUCAAGCAGUGCAGUUACAACAGGCCAUCGAUUCAUAUUCACUGCGCCUAUAUACGCAGGUGCUGGGUUGGAGCCCGGAUGUGGCGAAGAUGCAUAAUGCUGUCGUUAAGCAUGAGUUGCGGGAUAAGAGGUUGCAUGCCUAUGUUCAAACGUAUAGUCUAACUCAUCAGUUUUGA